AUGCCCACCCGCUUAAAGAAGACUCGUCACCAGCGUGGUUCCACGUUCUGUGGCUAUGGCCGUGUAGGAAAGCACCGCAAGCACCCUUCUGGUCGCGGUAACGCCGGUGGCCAGCACCACCACCGCAUCAACUUCGACAAGUACCACCCCGGAUACUUUGGCAAGUGCGGCAUGAACCACUACCACAAGAAGAAGAACGCGACGUGGAAGCCGACGAUUAACCUGAACAACCUCACGAAGCUGAUCGCGAAGGACGAAGUGAUGAAGGCAAAGAAGGGCGAGGCUCUGCCCGUUGUUGAUCUCCUGGCCAACGGCUACUCCAAGCUUCUUGGCAACGGUCACGUGCAGGCUCCUUGCAUUGUGAAGGCCCGCUGGGUGAGCAAGGUGGCUGACAAGAAGAUCCGCAAGGCUGGUGGUGCUGUUGUGCUCCAGGCAUAA